CUCUGGCUCGGGCCGGGCGACCAGCCCCCCUCUCAGCACCUGCAGCGCAGCCAGAGCCGGUGCGGCGGCCGCGACUUCCCCGAGGCGGGGCGCUGAGAAGCACUAUGACCACCAAAGAUUAUCCAUCAUUGUGGGGCUUUGGAACAACAAAAACAUUUAAAAUUCCCAUUGAACAUCUGGAUUUCAAAUACAUUGAAAAAUGUUCAGAUGUUAAACAUCUGGAAAAAAUUCUUUGCGUGCUCAGGUCUGGUGAAGAAGGAUAUUAUCCUGAACUUACAGAAUUUUGUGAAAAGCAUCUUCAAGCCUUGGCCCCUGAAAGUAGAGCUUUGAGGAAAGAUAAACCAGCAGCAACAGCAGCCAGUUUUACAGCUGAAGAAUGGGAAAAAAUUGAUGGUGAUAUAAAGAGUUGGGUAUCAGAAAUUAAAAAAGAAGAAGAUAAAAUGCACUUUCAUGAAACUGAGACAUUUCCAGCAAUGAAAGAUAAUUUGCCUCCAGUUCGUGGUUCAAACAGCUGUCUUCACGUAGGAAAGGGAAAAUAUUCUAAAAGACCAACUAAAAAGAAAACUCCAAGGGAUUAUGCGGAAUGGGAUAAAUUUGACGUGGAGAAGGAAUGUUUAAAAAUUGAUGAAGAUUACAAAGAAAAGACAGUAAUAGACAAGUCACACUUGUCUAAAAUUGAGACAAGAAUAGAUACAGCAGGUCUAACUGAGAAAGAAAAGGAUUUUCUUGCCACUCGUGAAAAGGAGAAAGGAAAUGAAGCUUUCAACUCAGGAGAUUAUGAAGAAGCAGUGAUGUAUUAUACCAGGAGCAUAUCAGCGCUUCCCACUGUAGUUGCCUAUAACAAUCGAGCUCAAGCAGAAAUCAAAUUACAGAACUGGAAUAGUGCUUUUCAGGAUUGUGAAAAGGUCUUGGAGUUAGAACCUGGAAACGUAAAGGCUCUUCUGCGUCGUGCUACUACAUAUAAACAUCAAAACAAACUCCAGGAAGCUAUAGAAGAUUUGAGUAAAGUACUAGAUGUUGAGCCUGAUAAUGAUUUGGCCAAGAAAACCUUGUCAGAGGUUGAAAGAGAUCUGAAAAAUUCUGAAGCUGCAUCUAAGACUCAAACCAAAGGGAAAAGGAUGGUUAUUCAGGAAAUAGAAAACUCCGAAGAUGAAGAAGGAAAAGACAGCGGAAGAAAACAUGAAGAUGGCGGUGGAGAUAAGAAGCCCGCGGAGCCGGCGGGAGCCGCGCGCGCCGCCCAGCCGUGCGUCAUGGGCAACAUCCAGAAGAAGCUGACUGGCAAAGCCGAGGGCGGCAAGCGGCCGGCAAGGGGCGCGCCGCGGCGGGGCCAGUCCCCGGAGGCCGGCGCGGACAAGCGGAGCCCGCGGCGGGCCUCUGCGGCGGCGGCGGCGGGCGGCGGCGCCACCGGGCAUCCGGGCGGCGGGCAGGGCGCGGAGAACCCCGUCGCGCCCCCACCCGCCGCCCCAGUCAGCCCCGCCGGCCUGAAGAGCCAGGGCAACGAGCUGUUCCGAAGCGGGCAGUUCGCCGAGGCGGCCGGCAAGUACUCGGCGGCAAUCGCGCUCCUGGAGCCGGCAGGAAGUGAAAUUGCAGAUGAUCUAAGUAUCUUAUAUUCAAAUAGAGCAGCAUGUUACCUAAAAGAAGGAAACUGCAGUGGCUGCAUUCAAGAUUGUAACAGGGCUCUGGAACUUCAUCCAUUCUCAAUGAAACCUCUUCUGAGGCGGGCGAUGGCCUGUGAAACUCUAGAGCAGUAUGGGAAAGCUUAUGUGGAUUAUAAAACAGUAUUGCAGAUAGACUGUGGACUGCAGCUAGCAAAUGACAGUGUUAACAGGCUAUCAAGAAUUUUAAUGGAGCUGGAUGGACCAAAUUGGCGGGAGAAGCUGUCACCUAUUCCUGCUGUGCCUGCUUCUGUGCCACUGCAAGCUUGGCAUCCGGCAACAGAGAUGAUCUCAAAACAAGCAGGAGACUCCAGCAGCCAUCACCAGCAGGGCAUCACAGAUGAAAAAACAUUUAAAGCCCUUAAGGAAGAAGGAAAUCAAUGUGUAAAUGACAAAAACUAUAAAGACGCCCUCAGUAAAUACAGCGAAUGCUUAAAGAUUAACAAUAAGGAAUGUGCCAUAUAUACAAACAGAGCUCUCUGUUACUUGAAGCUGUGCCAGUUUGAAGAGGCAAAGCAGGACUGUGAUCAGGCACUUCAGCUAGCUGAUGGGAACGUGAAAGCCUUCUAUAGACGAGCUCUGGCUCAUAAAGGACUCAAGAAUUAUCAGAAAAGCUUAAUUGAUCUCAAUAAAGUUAUCCUACUAGAUCCAAGUAUUAUUGAGGCAAAGAUGGAACUGGAAGAGGUAACUAGACUCCUUAAUCUUAAGGAUAAGACAGCAUCAUUCAACAAAGAAAAGGAGAGAAGGAAAAUUGAGAUUCAAGAGGUGAAUGAAGGCAAGGAGGAGGAGCCUGGAAGACCUGCAGGGGAGGUCUCCACGGGAUGCCUUGCUUCUGAGAAGGGAGGCAAAAGCAGCGGGUCACCAGAAGACCCUGAGGAACUUCCGAUAGCCAAGCCUAACAAUGCCUAUGAAUUUGGUCAGAUUAUAAAUGCUCUCGGUACCAGGAAGGAUAAAGAAGCCUGUGCACAUCUUUUAGCCAUCACUGCACCAAAAGAUUUGCCGAUGUUUUUAAGUAACAAACUUGAAGGGGAUACAUUCCUCCUCCUCAUUCAGUCUCUGAAAAAUAAUCUUAUUGAAAAAGAUCCCUCAUUGGUGUAUCAGCAUCUUUUAUAUCUGAGUAAAGCAGAAAGGUUUAAGAUGAUGUUGACACUAAUUAGCAAGGGCCAAAAGGAGCUAAUUGAACAGCUGUUUGAGGACCUUUCAGACACACCAAACAACCAUUUUACUUUAGAAGAUAUACAGGCCCUAAAAAGGCAGUAUGAGCUUUAAAUCAAGAUAAUUGUUAGAUUUCUUCCAUGCAUGUAUGUGUUCCAGGAGUGUUAAUGAGAUGGUGUAAAAGAGUUGCAUGGAUAAAACUUGGCCUAGAAAAGAUCUUUUGGUCUGCACUAUAAAACAUUUUACUUAUUUUCCUACAUAGAACAUGUAUAUUCUACAAUCUGCUUUUUAUUAGUUGUAAAUAUUUUCUUAUGUACCAGAACCAAAUAAGUAUAUUUAGAACUUGUUAAAAAUACAUUUUAAUUUAUAAUAUACAUAUUAUUUUAAUUACUUGUUAAAAUUUUGAGUUAAGUUGCAUUUCUUUGGGCUAUGAAGGAGUCCUCUUAAGUUUGAUAGAAAUGAAUUUCUUUAACAUUCUUUUUUAAAAGUGGAAGUCAUUAACAGUGAUUAUUAUAUCACUUAUAUCCUGCUGAGAUACACAUAAAUCCCAUUUUGUACUAGUACCUGUGGAUUACAGUUAAAAUGAAAUGCAACACUGAAGUCUAUAACAUGAAACGGUUAUUAAAUUUUUUAUUAAUUUAGAGCUAUAAGAGGAACUUAUUUUUUCUAAUAUGGAAGCAUUGCCUAAUAAUUAAGAACAAAAAUUGCCAAAAAUUUCUACCACUUUUUACCAGAUUUUAAAAAGCUAGUUUCUUUUAUAUAUUGCUUAUAUAAGCAAAAAACCAACCACUGUAUUAAAGCAAACCAAGCCUGCAUUUAUCUGAAUUAUUACCUCCAUAUUUUACCAAACAUUUGAAUGUCCCCCUUCCCCCUUUUUUGUUUUCUGCUUUUAUGACUGUAUUUAUUCCUUUACUGUAAAAGAACAUGAAGAACUCAUAUAUGUUGAGAGCUCCUUUGUUGACUGGGUCAAAGUGAAGGAAUUUCAAUCUCCAUCAGUGUACUGUCAUUUAUUCCUGCGGUCUAUAGUGUAUUCCCCCUUUCUGGAGCAUUUUCUUAUUCACUUAGAAGUGAAGAUGAAAGUUAGUAUCAUGUUUACUAUUUCCAUAUUCAUUAUUAUUUUAUCUAAUCUUUUAUAGUUAUAGAAUAUUUUAACUCAUCUUGGGUAAAUAGUAUCUUUCAAACUGUGCCAUUUUUCUUUGAAACUGCUUUCUUUGUUCAUAAGUGAAAAAUCUGUAAUGGGACUUUAGUCUUCAAACAAAAUUUCUCCUUUUUAAUGUUAUUUAAUUUUUAUAAAAGUAAAUGGUGGAUUGUUAGAAAUGUAUCCUGUUUGGAGUUUACUUACAGAAAUGGGACCACUCUUUUCCUAUACAUAGCAACUUGAAAUUAACUUUAGAGACAUAAGGGAACUUUCUCUUUUGGUGCCUGACACAGUGACAUUAAUAACUGUAGGUGAUUUUCUUGAGCUUUGUGAUAGGCACUGUGUGUCAUUUAUCACACAUUGUCUAAUUUAAUCUUCAUAACUCUGCUACAGAUGAGGAAACAAUGGAACAGAAGGUUGUAUAAAUUAAUGAGGAUUUACAAAUGUUGCAAGUGCUCUCUCCAAGAUCCAAACCUGGGCAGUCUAUUUUUUGAGUUCAUAUACUCUAUGCUGUGUAAUGGAAAAUAUUAAAUAUGUGAAUAGACUAA